CCGGGCUGUGCGCAGUCGCUCGGCAGGCGCGGGCCUGGCAUUCCACCCUCCAUUCCACGCAUUCUUUCCUCUCAGCGGCCUCACCGGCCACAAAACCGCCCCAAAACGCCUGCUUUCCGCCGACAACAGCCGCCGCCGAGUCGCAGAGCCCUGCCCGGGUCCCCUGGCCGCCGAACGAGUUCGCCGACGUUGUGUCGAGGAAUUUGCUCGGGAUCGAGACGAGGUAGCGCCAAGCGGACGGCAAGGGACUCUCCGGGCCGAAAACCGUCGUAAGAUCAAGAACAUCAACAAGACUUUUUCUAUACUGACCGUGCGGUCGAGCUGCCAAGAUUUCCUCGCAGGAGAACUGGGGAAGCCCCUCCGCCUCGGCGGGGGCGGUGGACUCCAAGUCGGACAUCGACGACGGGACGGGAUGCGAGGACGCGGAGGGCGUGUGGAGCCCCGACAUCGAGCAGAGCUUCCAGGAGGCCUUGGCGAUAUACCCACCCUGCGGGAGAAGGAAGAUCAUCCUAUCAGACGAAGGAAAGAUGUAUGGAAGAAAUGAGCUGAUUGCGAGGUACAUAAAACUGAGAACGGGGAAGACGCGGACAAGGAAACAGGUUUCCAGCCACAUCCAGGUGCUAGCUAGGCGGAAGUUACGCGAACUGCAGUCCUCAAUCAAGGUGUCCAGUCACAUCCAGGUCCUUGCUAGGAGGAAAGCGCGAGAGCUCCAAGCCAAGCUGAAGGUUCAUGUACAGGAUCAGGCGGCGAAGGACAAGGCCCUGCAGCAGAUGGCGGCCAUGUCGUCUGCGCAGAUCGUCUCGGCAACAGCAAUACACAACAAAGCAAUGGCGGGGAUGCCGGGCAUGGGCGUGCCCCCCGGAGCCUCGGCGGUGCGCCCAACCUAUGGGAUGUGGCCCGGCGCCAUGCCACAGACUUCUCAGGACGUUAAACCAUUCGCAGGGUCCCAACCGUACGGUCUCCAGCCUACGAAAGCGGAGGGCGCGAUGGCCCCAGGGUACCCGGUUGGAGCAGGGAUGAUGCCGGCAGGCGCGCCGGCGUGGCAGGGACGGUGUAUCGGCACGGCCAGGCUCAGACUGGUGGAGUUCUCCGCGUUUAUGGAACAGCAAAGAGAUCACGACACGUUCCACAAACAUCUGUUUGUACACAUUGGGCCGAACAACCCAACGUAUUCAGAUCCACUGUUGGAGCAAGUGGACAUUCGUCAGAUCUAUGACAAGUUCCCGGAGAAGAAGGGUGGUCUGAAGGAACUGUACGACAAGGGACCGCAGGAGGCCUUCUUUCUGGUCAAAUUCUGGGCCGACCUCAAUACAAACAUACAGGAAGAAUCCGGUGCCUUUUACGGAGUAACAAGCCAAUAUGAGAGUGAACAGAACAUGACGAUCACAUGUUCUACAAAAGUUUGCUCUUUCGGCAAACAGGUUGUGGAGAAAGUAGAGGUAGGUUUGACGGAGUAUGCACGGUUUGAGAACGGGCGGUUUGUCUACAACAUCCACCGGUCACCCAUGUGUGAAUACAUGAUCAACUUCAUCCACAAACUCAAGCACCUGCCAGAGAAGUACAUGAUGAACAGUGUGUUGGAAAACUUCACCAUACUGCAGGUGGUGACGAAUCGUGACACCCAGGAGACGUUGCUGUGCAUCGCGUACGUGUUCGAGGUCUCGACAAGCGAGCACGGCGCCCAGCACCACAUCUACCGCCUGGUCAAGGACUGACCGUCCCCCCGGACUUACUUAAGAACCAAUAACUGACCUCUUCCUUGGUUUCAAGUCAUAGCGUUCUCCUGGGUUGGUGCAUGAUGUUGUCACAGAAACAAACACACACAGCAGUCAGAGAUGGAAAAAUACUCCAGACAUUCAGCUAACACUGCACUACAGUUCUUAAAAUAAGGCACAGAAAUACAGUAAUAAUAUACUUUAACCCCACUGAAAGUUAUCAGUAGAAAGAGGUGGGAAGUUGUGCACUGUAUACACUAUACACUUGUACUUAGGUAAAGUAAAGAGUUUUCUUAAGGUGCAGUGCAGUGUUAGCUAUUGUCUUAAGUCAGCUUGUCAUCUCUUUCUUAAAGAUUCAUGUCUUGCUUGAGAUAAAGACCUUAUGACAUCUGAGCUAUAAGGCUGUUAUCCAAUCACAUUACUGCAGGAAAUUCCUUCCCAAAUUUGUAACACCUAUGGUGAUUGGGCAUUGUCUUAGUCAAGGUAACAUCAGUGAGAACUGUUACCCAAUCACAUGCAGUCUUUCAAUCUCAUGUUUGGAGAAGGUUGUGAUAAUGGUCUUUGAGUUUCAAGCAAGUCUGUUUCUUUAGAAAAAUGCUGUAGCGUAAUCCAACAGUGCUAUAAGGGAACUCUCAAUCCAGUUGGUCUUUCCAUGAUCCCUAUAACCCCUACCAUAGCCUCACUUUCAAGAACAUGAAGUUUUGUACUUAAUAUGACAUGUAGUUUUGUUCUAGUCCAUUGACAGUUGGUGGUUGUACAAUAAUGUUAGACUUUACUAACUGAAAUGUAAAGAUAAUUUUUGAUUAUAGUCCUCCAAAAAAGUGAGGCAAUGUUAGAGGUUAUAGCUGAAUUUGAUCCAAAUUUUUGUACCUGUACAUAGCUAAGACAUGCUGGUUGCCGGAUAUUUUAUAGAAACUUUGGUGUGAUACUCUUAAUACCAUAUUUGGUAGUCUGAUUAUCUGUUGACCUCAUGACAUAAUGGACCAAUCACAGGUCUUGUAGCAAUUUUACUAGGAUGGCUGUAUGUCUACACUGACCAAUGGCAGCCUUUUUUGUCUCUACAUGUUUUUCACGAUGCUCCAAUGAGAGUGCUUCUUAUGUUCAGGAUAAAACACAAUGGUUGAUCUGUAAUUUGAAACCAAGUAAGUGCUAUAUGAAUCAACACUAUCUAACUUUGCUACCUGAAAACUAUAGAUUUGCUACGAGUUCUAUUUUUCCAAAAUCGUAUUUUGAACUCUGGAUGUAAGAAUAUUCUAUUAACUUGGUAAGCAGGUUAAUAUUAACUUGAUAAGCAGGUUGAUAUUCAGGUUAUUGAUUAAACAGAAACAUUUCCAGUACUAGUCUAUAUUCCCAGAGCUAGAAAGAAUUUUAUAUUAACAAAUACUAGUUGGGAAAAGCUAGGAGUCAGAUUUUGUUACUUUCUCAGAGUGCUGGCAUCUUUGCUAACGGAUUCUUCGUGUAUAAUUUAUUAACACCGAUUGUGCGUUCCAUACCUACAGUUUAUAAAGGAAAUAAUGCUGCAUAGAGGGAAAAAAACGCAUUGGAGAAAUUUUUACAAAGGCCAACUUUGUCUUAAGAUGUAGUAGAAGUUUCUCUGUCCAGGGAUAGUAUUUUUGAUGAGAUAACGAGGUAUUUUGUGGUAGAAGAUGACAUGUAGUUUCUCUGAUGUCACAUUUUGAUACUUGACCUCCAAGUGUCCUUGAGCACAACUGUCACAAGCGUGUGCACGUAGCAAAAUUCCUGAUGCAUUCAGUCAGUAGAGAAACUGUUUGUCUCCGAAAGAAGAAAUGAUAUUAUAGAUCAUUUAUUGAAAAAAUUCCAGGAAAGUAAACACAUGGAAAGCAGUUGGAAUGUGAUAUUAAGAUGAUAUUAAUUGAUUUUAUGAGAGAUGAUAUAUCCCAUGAUGCUUUGUUGGUUGCCAUGGAUGUUGCUGCAUGAGAGAAAAAUGUAGCUUUGCCUGCUUUGAUACGAUAUGAUACGAAAAAGAAAGCCGAAAAGCAAGACGGACGUGGUUUGCUGACAUACUGUGAAAAAGUUGAGAGUAGCUCAAUGGUUUAAGAUCUUUAGUUGAAUAAAGAGUCGUUUAAUGGUAUAUUUGGCAGAGGGCCAGAGUGAAGGAUGAUGGGAAGGGUUUGAAAAGAUGGUGGAGGGCAAUGUGAGCAGUUGCUGUAGUGUGCUUGCAUUUCAUAAGGAAGUGCAAUACAUCUUGAUGAGAAAUCUUGAAGUCUUGAUCAAAAUACAACAAUUUUGUAAGAUAAUCUUAUAGUGAUAUUACUGUAUCCUUUUUUAUACAGGGAGGAGCCCAAUGAUUUGUUUACAAUGCAUUCUGUUUAGCUUGAUGUCUUCGUUUAGGUUACUCAAAUGUUGUGUAUGUAUUCAAGAAUUAUGUAUCAUUUAUAAGAAGAAAAAAACACACCGUUCUGUGUUGCCGAUGUUGUGCAAGUGUUGCGCCUAGUCUUGUGUAUGCCUCUGUAUCUCGGCUUAGUUCCUGCACAGCUCGCACAAGCAUUACUUUGUGCACCUCCCCUGUAUUGUAGAGUAAGCUGUCUCUGUGCUUUUUGGCAAUGCCUCAGGGGCGUAGCCAGCAGUACCUUACUUGUACUGGAUCGUGCCUUGCCUCAGCUAUCUUAUUUUAUCAAAGAUUAUAUAUUGCAUGAAUUUGAUACCUUGCCUGGCAAGAAUGAUCCAACAUCCCCUUGUGCCUCCAAACUUUUUCGUUCACCGUGUAUAUGCGUACUAUGACUUGUUAACCAGAGAAAUUUUUGAUAACUACAAAUUAAAUAAGAAAACAUGUAAUGCAUACAUACAUACAUACCCCCUGCAUGCAGGUUAGCAUGUUGAGUGGGAAAAGCUGUUGAGAUGCUACUGCUAGUGCUGAGAGUCAGCAAUAUCCCCGGCCUGUGUUAGCCUUUUUAUUGUCACUGAUCUUUGUAUGUAUAAAUGUUAAGUUUUCAUAUUAUAAGUAAAGAUCACUUGAAAACAUCAA